UGUCUAAUGAUCCCUUUCCACCCUCUCUCUGUCAGCUGGUAUUCUCAUUUGUGAUUGGUGCAGAGAAGCAAACGAGCCUAAAAAGAAAGCCAAUAGAAACCCCCAGAGGCGUCACAUGAUUGCAUGUUUCCGGAAGACAGCAUGUAGCCCUUUGAACGUAUGAAGUGUAUCAUGAGUUUGAAACACCCUUGAGCGGGAUUUUAAUGAGGCAGGAGGCAGACAAUUCACUGACAUGCGUAUCCACAUUAUCAUUGCAGCUCUCUUUUGGUCUGAUCUUGUGGACUCACGGAAAGUAAGAGGGAUAUCUUCGUCCUACAAAAGGUUCUACCGGGAGAAGAAGUCCUUUUUGUGUAUUGAUGGGUCGAAGAUGAUCCCUUUCGAACAGGUCAACGACGACUACUGCGACUGCGCAGACGGCUCUGAUGAACCAGGCACCUCGGCCUGUCCUCGUGGCCGAUUCUACUGCACUAACUUGGGUUUUCGUCCACACUACAUCCCUUCAUCAAGAGUUAAUGAUGGCAUCUGUGAUUGCUGCGAUGCUUCAGAUGAGUACAACAGCCACGCUCGCUGCCAGAACACUUGCUGGAAUCUGGGACAGAAGGAGAGAGCGUAUGUGGAGGGCCAGAUGAAGACGUUGGAUGAAGGUUUGCGACUCAAGCAGCAGCUGAUUGAGGAGGGAGUGCUGCUCUGGAGGGAGAAGCAGGCCCAGCUCAGAGAGCUCCAGCAGGCUGCUGAAGACCUACAGAUCAAAUUAGAGGAACGCAGAUGGAGGAAGAAUGAGGCCAACCGCCUCAAAGAGCAGGCAUUUAAAGCACAACAAGAAGCACGGGACAGAGCUCUCAGACAUCAGAAUAACACUAUAACCAGCCUUUUCCAGUUAUUGGACAGCAAUAAAGAUGGCAGUAUAUCGGUAAAUGAAGUCAAGGCUAAAGUGGUGCUCGUCCAUGAUGAGCAGCAGCUUCUCUCUGAGGAUGAAGCAAUGGCUUUGUUGGGAGGAAAUCAUCAAAUAGACCUCACCAAAUUUCAGUACACACUCUGGGACAUCCUAACACGUGGAGACAGCGUCAAGAUCAAAGAUGUGCAUGAUGUCCCAGACGGUCUUGUGAGUGAGGGUCCCCACGUAAAGGCAGCUGACAGAGCUGCAGAGUGGGAGGCUUCCAGUCUGAAGAAGGUAGAAGAAGCCUAUGAGACAGUCAACAUGGAGAUCAGUGAUCUGCAAAAGAAGCUGGCUGUAGACUAUGGAACAGAUUGGGAGUUUCUAUUUUUGAAUGGCCAGUGUUACAAGCUGAAAGUAUAUGAGUAUGUGUAUACACUGUGCCCGUUUAAUCAAGUUACACAAAAGAGCACUUCAGGAACGGAAGUCUCAUUAGGAAUAUGGGGGAUGUGGGCCGGACCACCAAAGAACCAGUACAAUCAGAUGGUGUAUGAGAAUGGAGAACCAUGCUGGCAAGGAGGUUCACGCAGUACUACAGUCACUCUGACAUGCGGAACGGAGACAGCCUUGCGAUCAGUGAAGGAGCCCAGCAAAUGCCAGUACAUCAUGGACUUCCAGACUCCUGUGGCCUGUCAGCCAGUGCUAAAGCAGAGGGGUGUACACAGUGAACUGUGACCCCCGUUCCCAUAUUGGCUUAGCCUAGAAUAACUUGGACCCCUGCCCCUCCUGGCUUGGUCGUGAUGACAGGCAGGGGUCCUGAGGGUCCCCUCUGACAUCUGUGUUGUCAGAACGUAUAUACUUCCAAGCAAGUUUUGCUAAGGUCAGAAUGUGUUUUUCAGUAACACUGUUCUGCUUUAUUUUCCGUUUAAUGUUACAGAGCUGCUUUAUUUUUUUCCUGUGGUGCAUUAAGUGUUUAUUACCUAAAGAGCACAAAUAUUCUUAAAUCUGAUGUGCAAUUCUUCUAAGGUUUUCUUAGAAGGUCUAGCAAUAUUACUAUGUAAAUAAAAGAAUAAAUAAAGUAAAACUAGAUCAGUUGUAGGAUCUUACACUGCUGCUUCUAAUGUAAUUGAUGUUUUAAAUAACUGCUUAUUUAUAUGCACCAAGAAAAGAAGCAUGCCCUUUUAUUAGAUUGCAUUGGUCAUCUUAUUGUAGCCUUAAUUAAAUCUUAAAGGUUAGAUGUGGUAAUAUGCUUUUUUUUCUAUUAUUGGGAAAAAGUUACACAAAAAAAACCAAAACAAAACCAGCAGGGAUGUGAUCUUUCUCAUUAAAUAUUGGCCCAAACCAUGAACAUCAUCAUAGCGUCGUACUUUAUUCAGGCUCCCUCCCUUGUGGGCUUUUUACCUUUCUUUUUUUUGGUCAUAACUAUCUUGGAGGACAGAAAUUAUAUGCAAGGUAAUGAAUGCGAGAACUUAAGGAAAGUCUGGGUGUUUAAUGGGCAGUGGCCACAGUUCUCACACAAAACAGUAAGGCUGUUAGAGUUCCUUUGAAGUGGGAAAUGAAGAAGCCUACUCUGUUACCUCCGACUACAUUAUGCUCUGGCUGGACUCUGCUCACCUCUUAUACUCCUUAAAUACAAAACUCAAGAAAUAGUUUCAUUUGAGACAAAGACAUUCCCCUUCAACUGCAGCAUGAGUCAUUGACAUCUUUACUUAUUUCCCAGGAAAUAGGAACUCUAAAGUAAGUUUUCCUGGAAAGAUAAACUUUAAAAUGAUUUAUUUUUCUUUGUGGACCUGAAACCAAUGUUUAGGUUUAAGACAAGUCUUUUAAAACAAAAUAAAAUCUAAUUUGAUUUAACGUUGACUUCACUGAGGCACAAAUGUAAGAGCAAAGCAAUUUGUCACAUCACAUACUAGUAUUACUUUUUAUCUCCAAAUAAGCUAAGGGGAAUAAUAAAGUAUUUCUGAAUCUGAAUUAACAGAUAAACAGUACCAUCUAACAUUUGGACACAACUAACCAUUUAAAUUUGAAUGACUUUUCAACCACCCAACCAAGCACAAAUGUUUAAAACAAUUAGGAAGUAAAUAAAAUCCGGUCUCAACAUGUAAACUGUAGACGAAAUAAUAUUGCAUCAUAAUAAUAAGUCAGUUCAAUUUUGAAUAUUGGCUUUAUUUUAGCUCUGCAACAACCAAAAGCAACCAUGUCUUCCUGAUGGAGUAACAUGUUAGUUGCUCAGCUGUCUCAGACAUAAUUUGUCCUUUGAAUGUUAAACUAUAAAUAUGUGACUUCCAACUGUACAUUGAUAUCUUCAAUAAUAAAACAAAGGCUGAUUGUCACCAGCAGAGUGCGGAAAUUUUUAAGCUGUAACACAUUGUUGGCUUUGAUCUUCUCAAUAGAAGGAAUACAAAAGAUAAAUAGAUUUGUUCUUUAUGUUUUGCAGAAAAUUUCCAAUACACUUAUGCAAUGGCUUUCUGUAAAUAGUGUAAUAAAUAAAAUAUAACUUUGGCUCAUAAGUGGCUUCAUUGCAGUUUAUUCUUUAUUGUAAACUUAAUUCUACCGGUAUGAAAACAUUACUGCUUUAAACAAAAUUCCCUUUGUGAGGCAUUUUAGAGGUUUUAAAAAAAUCCCAAUUAUAGGCCUAAAGCUGAGGUAUGCAUGUUACUAAUUUGUACACCCCAGCCACAUUAUUGUAUAAUCCCUGAAGUCUUUCACAAUAUUUACAGACUUGAAGUUUUUAUUCAGUGCAGAAUGUAACAGCUAUUGAUUUGCUGAGAUGCUAGCAGCCUCAGCAGCCUGCUUCUUAUUGUGCAUGCUGUCUGUGAUGUUGUUAUGUAACAGAUUGUGGGGUUUCUGCAGCAGAGUCCUCUGCUCAUUAAGGGGAAGCUAAAUCAGCUGUCAGGUAUCCAAUAGGCUGCCUGAUAUAUUCCUGUCCUGCUGGGGCAGCUGGGUGGCUGUUUGCCUGCUAGCAAUGCAAUAGCCUCAGGCCCUGUAGCUCAGGGACUGCUGCUUUUUAUUUAUCUGGCUUCAGCUCGCAUCCACACACUCUGUUUGAUGGUGAAUCUAACUCUUUGCUUUCACCCUCAAUUUUCAGAAUGAUGGUCAGUGUUAUUUAAGGGACCAAGUCGGAUGUCCAACAUUUUUGCAAGAGCUCUGAAACAAACAAUCAAUUCUUCAAUGGCUGCAUCAGAAUGAAAUUGUCUAACUUUAGAGUUACAGAAAUCUUUGCAUACUAAAUAUUUUGGAUUGCUUACACUCAAUUGUCCUGUUGUUAAACACCCUUAUUGAUUAGCAAAACUGGCAAAACUAACCUUUUUUUUUUCUAAAGAUAUAAUCUAUUUAUAUCCUCAAUAGCCUUGAGAAAACAAAACUAUAUUUUAUUAUCUUCCCAAACCAGCAUUUCAGCUAAGCAAUAACAAAGCUGAUGUCAGCGUAAAAAUACUCAAGCCUUCACAGCUUCCUCGCCCAGCCAACAGCUGGAAAUACUGCCAAUCACUUAGUGUCAGGAGCAGCGCCCCGUCUGCCACUGCAACAGUCAACACGACAUCGCUG